AUGGGCCGGUUUGUCAUCUUGUGUUUUCUGAUCGUUUCGUACGAGCACGUUGUUGCUCAGACAUAUUCAGACAUGGACAGACUUCAUAAGAACUUGACCAGUAACUACAACAGGAAUAUACGGCCAACAGUGAAUUUCUCAAGUCCAACGCAUGUCGUAGUAGGAUUCCAAUUGUUAAGUAUAAAGGAAUUUGUGGAAAAAGACAAUAAGUUGUCUAUCAUGGGAAUAUUUAUAUUAGAGUGGAACGAUUACAAUAUGGUGUGGGAUCCAGGACAAUAUGGAGGUAUUUCAACUUUUCUGAUCCCACAAAAAGACGUCUGGAAACCUGACUUGAUCCUUGGCAAUCCGUAUAAUAGUAUCCAGUCCCUUGGUUUUGACGAAAUGCAUAUCCGUGUAAGGUCCGACGGGACGAUGUUUUGGAUGCCCGGGGAUAUUUAUGAAUCCACUUGUGCUGCAGAUAUAACAAAUUAUCCGUUUGACGAGCAUACCUGUUAUCUGUUGUUUUAUCCAUGGAUGUAUCUUAACGACCAGGAAAUGACAUUACAUAAUUUGACAAGCAAACCGGAAACAUCCCUGUAUUUUCCAAGUGGACAAUGGGAGCUGAUUGAUACGAGAAUCGAGGCUGGAGCUUUAACGGUUACUCCAGAGUUCAAGUUAAUGAUCAGUUUUAGACGUCGUCCAUUGUUUAGUUUAAUCAAUAUCUUUGUACCCGCAAGUGUCAUGGCGCUGCUUAUUACCUUAGUGUUUCUCCUUCCGGCAGAUUCAGGAGAACGAGUAGGAUUUUCAAUAACGGUCCUGCUUGCUUUGACCGUAUUUCUCACAAUAGUGUCCGAUAGCUUACCUAACACCAGUGAACCUAGUAUUCCACGUAUGUCAUAUAUCUUAAUUGCGGAUUUAGUAAUAAGUACACUGGCAACGAUAUGUACUAUCCUCGGGUUACGUUUGCACCACAAACCGGAAGAGAGCAAGAUCCCAAAGUGGCUACAGUAUUUCAUCUGUGCGACGCAGAAAAACAAUAGAUAUUCUGAAAAGGAUCUUUCAGAUUCGGAUUACUCUCAGAUACGUUCCCGAGAAGUUAGCGGUGUAAACUAUACUCACCCAAUGACAAGUUUACCUUCGGUAUACUGCAGUCAAAACUACAUGGUUCACGGGAGAAAUGAUCAAGGACAUCAUCGUUUAUACCAACCAACGAGAAAUAAAAAAUUCACAACCGGAGACAACUCUGAGAUGCAACACUCAGAUCGCAGCAGAUAUCAGAGGAAAGACUCAUCUCAUGAUGACAGCAGUGAAGCUAACGUCGUCACAUGGAAGCAGGUCGCGUCGUUUUGUGAUGUGUUCUGCUUUGUGUUUUUUCUGAUAUUAGUUGUCGUUAAAAACAUUAUAGCAUUUAUAACAUUCAUGACGUAA